UUGUAAUGCCCCUCGAUGAGCGGGCGAGUCGGCUAAUUUCGCUCCUCUUUCAUUUUUACGUCAGAUUGAUUUUCUCAUGACUCUGCGUCGGUGUGAAUUUAUUUCAUCGAAUUUAUCUGGAAAAUAAUCGACAACAGGAACUAGCCAACCAGAAUCAUGUCUAGAUUUUUCGCCGGUGGUUCGGAAUCGGAUUCCGAUAGCUCUCUCGAUAGUGAACCAAUUCAGCGGCAGGCCGUGCCGCAGUAUACGUUCAGCGACGAUGAAGAGGAUGUCAAGCGCGUCGUUCGUUCGACCAAGGAGAAGCGCUACGAGGAUCUAUCGAACAUCAUUAAAAGCAUUCGGAACUAUAAGAAAAUCAAGGACAUGUCAAGUUUGUUAACUAGUUUCGAAGAUUUGACCCGAGCCUAUGCGAAAGCUUUGCCGGUCAUUACGAAGGUGGAAAAUGGAGUUACUCCUCGUUUCAUUAUCCGAGCUCUGGCCGAGCUGGAAGAUUUUAUCAACAAGGUUUGGGAUGACAAGGAUGGCCGUAAAAACUUGUCCAAGAACAAUUCUAAAUCAUUGGGAACAUUGCGUCAGAAAUUUCGCAAGUACAUCAAGGAUUUUGAAAGUGAAUUGAAAAAGUUCCACGAAUCACCGGACGCUGCGGAUGAUGAGGAAGACGAGGAGGAGAAAAAAGAAGAAGAAGAAUCCGAGGAAGAAAAGGUGGUACCACAAAUGGCUCCGAAAGUUACUUUCAAGAAGGAAGCUAAAGAGCCUAAGGUAGAAAAAGAAGAUGAUGAUUCGGAUGAUUCGAUUGAUUGGGGCUCGGAUUCGGAAUCGGAUGAAAGUUCUUCGGAUGAGGAAUCGAAAUACACUAGUAUGCGAGAACGUUUCUUAAAGAAAGCUGACAAGGAUGAUGACGAUGAAGAGAAAAAGAAAAAACCCAAGGUGGCGAAAGAUCCUAAGGACAAAGCUAGGAAGAAGCGAGCUGAUGAUGACGAUGAAGGUUGGGAAACCAUCAAAGGCAACCGUGGAGUUCCUUCCGAACGGCCAAAGAUGUUCGCUAAGGAUGCUGAUAUUGAUUGUCAUGUCGUUAUAAAUAAAUUGAAUGAAGUAAUGGCAGCUCGGGGCAAAAAGAGAACAGAUCGAAAAUUGCAAAUUGAAUUUUUAAGAGAGCUUCGCGCGAUUGCCGAAACGCACAAUUUAGGUGGAGCUGUUGCUGCUAAAAUUCGUUUUAACAUGGUUUCGGCCAUUUUCGAUUAUAAUCCAAAAGUUUCCGAGCCAAUGAAGUUGGAACACUGGUCUAAAUUGCUAGAAGAGAUUCAAGCACUUAUUCAACUAUUGUUGGCUCAUGAAGAUAUUCACUUAUCUGAAACUGUAUUGGAAGAAAACGAAGAAUACGAAACGGCCCCGUACCGGAUCCGGGGAUGCAUUCUCACCACGGUCGAGCGUAUGGAUGAUGAAUUCACCAAAUUGCUCAAAGAGUGCGAUCCUCAUAGCAACGAUUAUGUCGAUCGUUUGAAGGAUGAAGUCACUGUUACUAAUAUAAUCGAUCAAGUGGUAACAUACAUUGAACGUUUGCAAAACGAAACGGAAAUUUGUAGAAUCUAUUUGCGCAAAAUUGAUCAUCUGUACUACAAAUUUGAUCCUAAUGUAUUGAAAAAACGCAAGGGUCAGCUUCCAGUCGGAACUUCUACUUCUCUGGACGUCAUGGAUCGUCUGUGUCGAUUUGUGUAUGCUAAAGAUCAGACAGAUCGUCUUCGUACCCGCGCUAUUCUAUCGCACAUAUUCCAUCAUGCUUUACAUGACAACUGGUUCCAAGCUCGAGAUUUAGUUCUCAUGUCCCAUCUGCAAGAAACCAUUUGUCAUUCUGAUCCGCCCACCCAAAUUCUAUACAAUCGUACGAUGGCCAACUUGGGAUUGUGUGCGUUCCGUCACGGCAACAUUAAGGAUGCUCAUCUUUGUUUAGUAGACCUCAUGAUGACUGGCAAGCCGAAGGAAUUGCUCGCUCAAGGUUUGGUUCCGCAGCGUCAAAACGAACGUUCUUUGGAACAAGAAAAGAUUGAAAAGCAGCGACAGAUGCCAUUCCAUAUGCACAUCAAUUUGGAACUUCUGGAAUGUGUUUACCUGGUGUCGGCCAUGCUUCUCGAGAUACCUUACAUGGCUGCGCAUGAAUUUGAUGCCCGUCGUCGAAUGAUCAGUAAAACAUUUUACCAGCAGCUCAGGUCUUCCGAGCGCCAAUCUUUAGUUGGUCCACCUGAAUCUAUGAGGGAGCACGUAGUGGCUGCAGCCAAAGCGAUGCGCCAUGGAGACUGGAAUGCGUGCGCCAAUUUUAUCGUAAACAAGAAGAUGAACGUCAAGGUUUGGGAUUUGUUCUAUGAAGCAGACCGUGUCCGCGAAAUGCUGGCGAAAUUCAUCAAGGAAGAAGCUUUGCGCACAUACUUGUUUACGUAUUCCAAUGUUUAUGCCUCCAUCAGCGUCCCUUAUUUGGCAGAAAUGUUUGAGCUUCCCAAAAGCAAAGUGUACUCCUUGAUCAGUAAAAUGAUUAUUAACGAGGAACUGAUGGCAUCGUUGGAUGAUCCAACCGAAACCGUGGUCCUGCAUAGAUCCGAACCGUCCCGUCUGCAGGCGCUGUCAAUGCAGUUGGCUGACAAAGUAACCAACUUAGUGGAUUCGAAUGAGCGCAUCUUUGAGAUGAAGCAGGGCAACUUCUUCCAGAGAGGUGGCAAUCAAAAUUACAACAGAGAUCGCCAAAACUACGGUAACCGCAAUCAGAACCAAAACUGGAAUAACAACCGCCGUCAAGAUAACCGUGGAAACCGGGGAAACCGGAAUCAGAAUCGCGAACAGCGUGAACAACAACGAGAACAGCGUGAGCAUAAUCGAGAACAUCGUGAACAUCGUGAACACCGUGAACAUCGUGAACAUCGCGAACAUCGUGUACAAUUUGAAGAUACUGCUGAGUAAACGACCAAGAUCCCGGAGCCGGAAAGAAAGACGUGCAUAGUAAUAGAGUUGCAGCAACAAAUUCUAUCUCAAGUUGCAAAGAUUGACAGUAUAUUAUCGAUUAAUAGCUAAGAUAAUAGUAGAAUGCACAUUGAAAUAAACAAAUGUCGAAUUCCCGAUCUGAAAGGGCUUUCAGUUUAAUUAAGGAGAGCACUUCCAGAUCGGGAAUAUCCGCACUAUUAAGGAA